GGAAAUCCAUUGUCAUCGCAUGCCCAUUUUGGAUAGGAUGAUCACAACUACAACGCUGACUUCUAGAGAGAGAAGGCUUCACACAUUUACUUCACUACGGAUAGAUUCGAAGUAACAACGGACACUGUUUUUGAGCCUGCAGCCUCCAGCAUCAGCGAUAAAUAAAUAUGGCGCCGUGUGUUUCCCGCCGUGUACAUUUGACCCCCAGCAAAGAAGAACUGUAAACAAAAUGGCGGAAGCUUUGGUGGAUGAUCUUGCUGGUGAAGUAGAAUGCUUUAAUGAAGUGGAGGAGGGUAUAAAUAUUGAUGAAAGCCUUUUCUCUAGUCAACCACUGAUAGCUUUGCAGCCAGUAAUCGAUUCUAAUAAUGAUGACAUAAAAAUUGAAAUCACUGAAGAAGUUAUUGACGGAUCAAAUGUCGAGGUUCCGCACAUUGCGCAAGAACAAGAAAUACCAACAAUUCAGACAACUCCAACGAGUAAGAAGCGCAAAAGUAAGUCGUCUAAAACAAAAACUGUAAAAAAAUCAAAAAGUAAUACUAAUGGUGAGGAGGAAGGUGCAACAGAGAUUGAUGUCCCACGAAAAUGGGAAAGAAAAAAAGUCCAAAUUAAGACACUUGAAGGAGAGUUUUCAGUGACUGUUUGGGCAUCAGAAGAUAAAAAUGAAGUCCAAGAAGAAUUACAGGAAGACAUUGAUGUAAUUGAUUAUGUUUGCGAGCCCGAAACCACAACAGAUUCUCAACCUGCUCAACCAUCACCGAAUAAAUCAUCUGCAUUAGACCUAAGUGAUCCAAAACAGCUGACAGAAUUUACAAAAAAAACAAAGAAAAGUACGAAAUCAAAUCAAGAUGCAGUAAAAAGUAUAGCAUGUCCACAUAACGGUUGUACAAAAUUGUUUAAAGAUAAUUCCGCCAUGAGAAAACAUUUGCACACGCAUGGCCCAAGAGUGCAUGUGUGUGCCGAAUGUGGAAAGGCUUUUGUGGAGAGCUCCAAACUAAAAAGGCAUCAAUUAGUACAUACUGGAGAAAAACCGUUUCAAUGCACGUUUGAAGGUUGCGGUAAAAGAUUCAGCCUAGACUUCAAUUUGCGUACGCAUGUCCGUAUCCAUACAGGUGAUAGACCAUACGUCUGUCCAUUUGACUCCUGUAAUAAACGUUUCGCUCAGUCAACAAACUUAAAAUCUCAUAUAUUGACACACGCUAAAUCUAAUGCAAAACGUGGACAGUCUAAUUCGGAAACUAAUACUACGGUACCGGAAGUAUAUGAAGAAAUUGAAUACGUAGAGGAAGAACCAGUUGAUUUGGUUAUUUACGAAGAAGAGGUUUGAUGCAUGCGUGUUGAGAAUAAUAAGUAAAGAAUGAGAAGAUGCAGUUGUGUGCAAAGAAGUUCUCGUAUAGUUACUUUUACGGCUACCGAAAGACCUGGCAAAAUACGUUGAGACACUUCCCUUGUGCAACGCCCCAACAGAACUAUUUAUUUAUAUAUAGCAUUUUAAUAGUUUAGAAAUUAGUGUGUACUUUCCAUAUACUUUUAAACUCAGUUAAAAUCGAAAUAUUUCACAACACUGGCUUGAUUAGCAUGCCAGUUAAAAUAUUGUUUAAGAAGUAUAAAAUGCUAACCGUAAA